UGUUGCGGUUCCCAGCUCGGAAUGCCUCCCCCCAGGCUCGGCGAUGUGAUAAGCCCAGACAACGAUCGACUCCUGAUUAAUCAUUCUAGCUCGGACAAAAUGGAGUUUCUUUCUUUGAGACGGAUCCACGUCUACCGAGCCCCGAAUAUGAAACAAGGCUUUUUCUUAUUUGGCGCAGACGAUCCCUCGUGUUUAUUUUUCAGACCUAGACCGACCAUUUCUCUGCGUGUCUCAACAGGAUCUAUUCUUGACUCGCAGUCAAAAUGUCGGUCUUUGGGGGUAUCCCGCCCCUCGAGGAGAAGGACCAUGCGCCUGCUCAUCGCUUCGAAACGGACACGGCCGCGUCUAGCGUCACCAAAACGGAAGGCCAGGAUGGAGAAUUUACAGGAAGCGACAUGGAGGAGGAGAUUGAAACAAUGGCCCGCCAAUUGACGCGUCGAUCCACGCACUUUUCGACCAGCAAUGCUACGAAUCCGUUCUUUGAAGACAACAAGGAGUCGGCGCUGCAUCCAGACAGUCCCUCGUUCAAGGUCAAGGACUGGAUCCGAUCCUUGCUGGCAGCCCAGAGGGGUGAUCCGGACCGCUUUCGUGAACGCACGGCUGGUGUGGCCUUCAAGAAACUCAGUGUACACGGUUUCGGCAGUGCGACGGACUACCAGAAAGACGUCUUUAAUGCCAUUCUCGGUGUUGCUGGACUGGUGAGGAAGCUGACCAAGACUGGCUUGCAAAAAGUGCAGAUCUUGGAUGAGUUCAGCGGUCUUGUUCGCAGUGGUGAGAUGCUGGUCGUUCUUGGUCGACCUGGCAGUGGCUGCACAACGUUUCUGAAGACAAUUGCGGGCGAGAUGAAUGGCAUUCACAUGUCCGACGAUGCGUACAUAAACUAUCAGGGAAUCUCCGCCUACGACAUGCAGAAACGCUUCCGGGGAGAGGCCAUCUACAACGCCGAAACGGACGUCCACUUCCCUCAGCUAUCAGUCGGAGACACCCUCACCUUUGCUGCCCGAGCACGAGCCCCCCAGACGCGCUUCCCUGGCUUGAGCCGACAGGACUACGCCGCCCAUCUUCGUGAUGUGGUCAUGACGAUGCUCGGCUUACGCCAUACAUUCAAUACAAGGGUCGGCAACGACUAUGUUCGUGGAGUCAGUGGUGGUGAGCGCAAGCGCGUAAGUAUUGCAGAGGCGAUUCUUAGUGGCGCGCCAUUGCAAUGCUGGGAUAACAGCACCCGAGGUUUGGACAGUGCCAACGCUCUCGAGUUUUGCAAGAACUUGUCGCUCAUGAGCAAAUACGCCGGGACCUCUGCCUGUGUGGCUAUCUACCAGGCGUCGCAGAACGCUUACGAUGUCUUUGACAAAGUGACGGUCCUCUACGAGGGCCAUCAAAUUUACUUUGGGCCUACCGGCGAAGCUCAGAAAUUCUUCACUGACAUGGGCUUCUUUUGUCCGCCUCGUCAAACCACCGCCGAUUUCCUGACAUCGCUGACCAGCCCAAGCGAACGUCGCGUCCGGCCUGGCUACGAAGACAAGGUCCCUCGCACCCCUGUGGAAUUCGCCCAGCGCUGGAGAAACAGCCCGGAGUGCGCUCGUCUGCUUCGGGAAAUCGACGCAUUUGACCAAGAGUAUCCCAUCGGUGGCGAAUCCUUUGAAAAGUUCGGGGAAGCCCGUCGCUUGAUGCAGUCGAAGCAACAGCGAGCCGCAUCCCCAUACACUCUCUCGAUCUAUCAACAGGUUACUCUAUGUCUGGUCCGCGGCUUCCAACGCCUUCGCGGCGAUGCCAGCUUGACGACAACUGCUCUAAUCGGCAACUUCUUCAUCUCAUUGAUCAUCGGCAGUGUAUUCUAUGAUCUUCCCCAGGACACCUCCAGUUUCUUCGGACGCGGUGUGUUGCUUUUCUAUGCUGUCCUGCUUAGUGCUUUCAGCAGUGCGCUUGAAAUUCUCACUCUGUAUGCUCAACGGCCAAUCGUCGAGAAGCAGUCGCGAUACGCAUUCUACCAUCCCUUUGCAGAGGCAAUCGCAUCGAUGCUUACCGACAUGCCGUACAAACUGAUCAACUCGUUUACGUUCAACCUGCCCAUUUACUUUCUCUCGCAUUUGCGCAGGGAACCGGGGGCGUUUUUCACCUACUGGAUCUUCUCGCUUGUCACAACGCUGACCAUGUCCAUGGUCUUCCGUACAUUCGGAGCAGCAUCACGCUCGUUGUCGCAGGCGCUGGUUCCCGCAGCCCUGCUCAUCCUGGGUCUGGUGAUUUACACUGGUUUUGUGAUUCCAACCCGUGACAUGCUGGGAUGGUCCCGCUGGAUGAACUAUGUCAACCCUAUAGCAUACGGCUUCGAAUCAUUGAUGGUCAACGAGUUCCACAACCGCCAAUUUACCUGCGUGUCCUUCGUUCCAUCCGGCCCAGGCUAUGAGGAUGUCAACCCACAAAAUACCAUCUGCAACGCUGUCUCUGCUCGCCCUGGUGAGAUGAGCAUCGAUGGUGACGCGUACUUGGCUUCUAGCUAUCAGUACUACCACUCUCAUCUCUGGCGGAAUCUGGGAAUUAUGAUCGCGUUCAUGGUCUUUUUCAUGUUCGUGUACCUGACCGCUACCGAAUUCAUUACCGAGGCUGGCUCUAAAGGCGAGGUUCUUGUUUUCCGACGCGGCCAUCAGCCCAAGAUCACCGACGACGAUGAAGCCAGUGGAGCUGCACCAGCGCACACUGAUAACGCCGCAGAAAACAGUGGUACUGAGAUUCAGCGUCAGACGGCCAUCUUCCAGUGGCAGGAUCUGUGCUAUGAUAUUACAAUUAAAGGUGAACACCGCCGGAUCUUGGAUCAUGUCUGUGGCUGGGUCAAACCGGGUACAGCGACUGCUCUAAUGGGUGUUUCUGGAGCCGGAAAGACGACUCUACUCGACGUUCUCGCGACCCGAGUAACGAUGGGCGUGGUUACCGGCGAGGUUCUUGUCGACGGUCUCCCCCGUGACGACUCGUUUCAGCGAAAAACCGGUUACGUCCAGCAGCAAGAUGUGCAUCUCCCUACUUCGACUGUCCGAGAGGCGUUGCAGUUCAGUGCCCUUCUGAGGCAGCCGGCACAAUUUACCCGACAGGAACGAUUGGAUUAUGUCGAGGAGGUUCUCGUUUUGCUUGGCAUGCAGUCUUAUGCUGAUGCUGUUGUUGGUGUUCCGGGUGUUGGUCUCAACGUCGAACAGCGUAAGCGGUUGACAAUCGGCGUCGAGCUGGUAGCUAGACCCCAGCUACUUCUCUUCCUUGACGAGCCUACAUCCGGCCUGGACUCUCAGACUUCAUGGUCGAUUCUGGACCUCAUUGAAACACUCACAAACCACGGCCAAGCGAUCUUGUGUACAAUCCAUCAACCCUCUGCGAUGCUUUUCCAGCGCUUCGACCGAUUGCUCUUCCUGGCUAAAGGAGGCCGAACAGUGUACUUUGGUGAAGUGGGCGAAAACUCUUCGAUCCUGACCAGCUAUUUUGAGCGCAACGGAGGCCAUGCCAUUACAGAUGGCGAGAACCCGGCUGAAUGGAUGCUUGAUGUGAUUGGCGCUGCCCCUGGUUCGCAUAGCGAUGUCGACUGGCCGGCAGUUUGGAACAGCAGCCCCGAGAAACAGGGGGUGCUUGAUCAUUUGGCUGAGCUGAAAUCGACUCUUUCCACCAAGCCCAAGCAGGAGGCGUCCCCGGCCGAGUACAGGGAAUUCGCCGUUUCAACCACCAUCCAGUUAAAGGAAACACUUAUCCGCGUCUUCACACAGUAUUGGCGGACUCCCUCAUACAUCUAUUCGAAGAUCGUCCUCUCGAUUCUCACAGCCUUGUACAACGGCUUCUCCUUCUUCCACGCCAAGAACACGCAGCACGGCCUGCAGAACCAAAUGUUUAGUAUUUUCAUGCUCAUGACCAUCUUCGGCAAUCUGGUCCAACAGAUCAUGCCCAACUUCGUGACACAGCGCGCCCUCUAUGAAGUGCGCGAGCGGCCGUCGAAAAUGUAUUCGUGGCGUGUAUUCAUGGCAAGCAAUAUCAUCGUGGAAUUGCCGUGGAACUUCCUGGUUGCUGUGCUUAUGUUCUUCUGUUGGUAUUAUCCGGUUGGUUUAUAUAGGAACGCGGAGCCUACGGAUGCCGUGCAUGAGAGGGGCGCUCUCAUGUUCCUAUUCCUGUUGGUCUUUUUGUGGUUCACGUCGACCUUUGCGCAUAUGGUCAUUGCUGGUGUUGAUAGUGCGGAGACGGGUGGAAAUAUCGCCAACUUGGUCUUUGCGCUCCUGUUGCUGUUCUGCGGUGUGGUGGCAACCCCCGACAACAUGCCCGGCUUCUGGAUCUUCAUGUACCGCGUCUCCCCCUUCACCUACAUGGUCUCCGGCAUGCUCUCCACAGCAAUAAGCGGCACAAACGUCGUCUGCGACAGCAUCGAAACCCUAAACAUGGACCCCCCCUCUGGUCAAACCUGCUACGAGUACCUGAACCCCUUCGUCGAGCAAUUCGGCGGCGCAAUCCAGAACCCGAAUGCCACUGCCGAGUGCGCGUACUGCGCCAUGGCCAAAACGGAUGAUUUCCUGGCUUCGGUCCUGAGUUAUUGGAGUGAGGCCUGGCGGAAUUUCGGGCUUAUCUGGGCGUUUAUUGCGUUCAAUAUCGUCGCUGCUAUUGGGAUUUAUUGGCUGGCCCGCGUGCCAAAGAAGAGCUGGAGGAAGGAGAAGACUGCUUAAUCUCAGGCUGAAGGUGAGGUGAGCUUGAGGGUGGAGGAGGUCAAGUCUCCCCCGUCUUGACUCAACGUUGGUUUAUCAGAUAGAUUGCAUUGGUUUGAUUUGAUCUUGUUCCUUCCUGCCCUAAUCCUGGGUUUUCUUUUUCUUCUUCCUUUCUAUCUACACAUGUUCCCUCCCUUCCUAGUUGCUGCUUGCUCUUUCAUUUUUCUCUUCUUGUCCAUUUUUCCGCUUCACUCAAUCCUUUCAAUUUCUUUUUUCCUUUCCUUUCGUUCCUCUCGAGGCCCCUCACUUGGCAUAUAGACUACUUUAUUAUGUGGCAAAAUAGAACUAGAUUGCAUAGUUCGUACCCUA